AUGUUAAAAACGGAGUUAUCUCGUUUUGCAACGAAACUCUUCAAAUAUUCAUUGAACUAUUUUAGUUGCGUCUCCGAGUUAAACUCUCGGGUUUAAUAUUUGAUGAGUGGUUACUGAAAACCUCCGUGACUAGAGAACUAACAAACACAACGCUCGUGAUCUGCCUGUCUAAAGACCCGGGCGUGCGCCUUUCAAGACUGAACUCAGGUCAGUUAAUGUUACACUUAAAUCUUACUACUGUACUUUCGACUGUAGUUAACUCCGUUUGUCCGUCGAUCUCGCUUCUGCUGUUGGCUGUAACGCAAGUCGAAGGAUGACAUCGAUUAAAAUCAGGGUGGGAUCUGUUCCACAGAGGAAGCCCACUCCUGUUUUUCUGGACUUAUUUUGUCGCAGUCUUAUUAUCUUGUGUACGUCACUCUCGGUCGUUCUCUCAUCCAUUGCUGUGUGUGAUGGUCACUGGCUGCGUGCCGGUCACCGCAUGUUUGGUCUGUGGUAUUUCUGUUUACUGGAAGACCAGCAGAGCCUUAAAGUGUCCUCAAACUGCACUACUCAUCUGGAAGAGUCAGGGGUGACCGGUGUGGGCUCAGGGUUGCCCGUGUGUCGUUCAGUGAUUACACUGGCUGUAGUCAGUGCUAUAUUCGGACUGGAGCUGCUUGUGAUGUCACAGGCAAGCGAAGGGCGUGACUCAAAUCGCCGCUGGACCCUCGGGGCAAAACUUGUGCUGCUGGCGGCUUUGAUGUCUGCCGGAGGGGUUGGAACUUUUGUGCUGCUGUUAGGGUCGUACGCGACACUGCUUGGAUUUACUCUCACGUUCUGGUGCCAGUUUACUGCUACUUUCCUCUUCUUUCUCAAUGCAAUGGCAGCGCGGCACAUCCAGAAUAUUCCACUGCUGCCCCCUAGUGGCAAACCUGACAUACUGUAGAGUUCUGCCAUGCACAACUAUAAUAAUAAACCCUUCUUGUAAAACCUGCAGAAGAUAAUACUGGUUUUUAAUAAGCUGCAAUAAUAUUCAUCAAUAGUGAGUAUUUUGAAAAUUAAGCAUUUGUGGAAUAAUGUUUAUUACGGAAAACAAAAUGUUAUUGUCUGUCAUGACCACGUCAAGCUGGGACAUUCUCUUACUUCUGCAUCGUUUACACAAGGAUACAAGAGGACUUGUACACGGGAUUAAACACGGGUGACUAAGUUUAUCUGCAUACAACAGUAGUGCAGUCACAAAAAGUAAAAUGAACACAACUAUACCCCCCAAAUCAUUUUUAAAUGUAGAAAAUGUGUGUGUUUUAACAAAAAUACAGAGAGUUAUAAACAGGGGUGUCAUGCACCAAUUAUUUUUAAGGUGGCACAAUGUGCACAGCUCACAGAAAUGUGUGCAUAAACAGACAUUAAAAGAAAUAUUAUAGAGCUUUCACAGUCGUUCCCGUGGCAUUCCCAAUUACAUUUCUAACAAUCUGGAUCUGCCUUCAUGUGACAACCACCUAAAUAAAUGUGUUGACUAACUUUUAUGUCAAAUACUCAAUUAAUUUAAUCAGAAUAAUGACAUAUUGGCAUCAUAUUUACGUCUGAAAUUGUACUGUUUAUUUAUGUUCUGUUUAAUGACUUGUUUAAUUGUGUCAUUAAUGCAUUAACACAACAACUGCGCUAUGUUAUAAAAUUAAUGUUAUUUUAAUCAGUGUUGGGUAAAUUACUCAAAAAAAGUAAUUAUUUACUAGUUAAUUAAAUCUUCAAUCAUGUAAUUUGAUUAUUGUACAAACAACUUUUUUCAAAAAGUAUUUAAUAGGCUUUAUGCCCAGCUGCACUACUUCCUGAACUUCAGCCAGCUCCUUGUUUCCUGUCUGCCAUUAUUGGACAAACUGAUUAAUCCAGUUAGUUAAUAGUGAGAAAAUGUGUGUACAGUGAAAUGUGUGUACAUCCAAAAGCCAGAGAGUGCUCUUGUGCAGAAACUCCAAUUGUGCCACAGAAGAAGUAGCAUUACAAAUGCUAUUCGAGGAAAUGUCUAGAAGAAUAUUUUUAUUGCAGUUCUUUAGAUUGUUUCAGGUAUUUUCAUGAUAAUAAAGAAUAUUUUGAAUGAUUUUGUUGCUGCACGUUAUAAACGGCUCCGACUCAUAAUGAUUGAUAAGGACUUCUUACUGACCAAAACGACAUAGUACACGCAAAAGCUGCACAUGAAACACUAAAUCGCAGCCUUGCGAUUCAUAAUUGAAUUUAGACAGGUCUUUUUAAUAGGACACACGAUUUAUUAAUAAACAGCCAAUAUCUCAGUAAUAUUAAUGCUAAUAACCAACCAGUUAAUAGUGAAAAUUGUAAACUACACUAGAGUGCUGCCAUUAUUCUUUUUAACUUACCAAAGUAUUUAAAGUGAGAAGAAUACAUAAAAAGCAUGCAUUUUAACCUUAGACUUUAAAUUUUCAUGUUAAAAAAAAUAUAUAUAUCAUUGAUCUACAGUUCAUACACAGUAUUUAGUUUAAUAUCAGAAAUAACUGUAAUUAAAUUACUGGAAAAAUAAGAGUAACCCCUUAAUUAAAUUAAAAAGUAAUUAAGUUACAGUAACUAAUUACUUAGUGACUAGUUACACCCAACACUGCAACAUAAACAAUGAAAAUGACCUAAGCAACAAUCACGUGAUUGAUUAUAUCAUAAUAUGAUAUGAUAUAAUCAAUCACGUGACUGUUGCUUAGGUCAUAAUUAUGUCAGCAUAUGUGACUCUGCGCCCCCGAACUCUGGCGUUGUACCAAGAUGAAUCUAGAAAACUACUAAUAUUAACUCGAGACAUUUUCUACACGGAGGUUAACUGCACAUUGCCGUAUUGGGGUUUGGAAAUGAUAUGAGCCUUUCUGACAACGGUUUUAUGAAUCAGAUUGCAAAACCGCGCUCAGAUGCUGACGACGUCUGGACUGCGCUGUUGUGUCUGCAGGGCCUGCCGCUUGAAUAAAGUAGCACAAUCAAAAACUGAGGGGGCACGUGGGCAUGACGCCUCUGUCUAUAAAUGACAAAAAAUCUAAUUCAUACAUAACAUUAUCACAAACACUGUCAAUAACAUUUAUAGAAAAUGACUUGUGUAGUGUAGAGAUUUGUGUUUCUAGUGGUUAAGAUCCUGAUGAUCUGUGUUUUAUUUAUUUAUUCAGCAUAAUAUUUUAAAUAAAUCAUUAUGUUAAAUAGUGCUUUCAAACAAGGAUGAUUCAUUGUUUUCUUUUUUUAACAUUAAGUUUUAUUUGCAUGUAAUGUUAUUAGAACAUCACUACAGUAGACUUCAGAUCUGUAAAUAAACACGAUGACUUGAUAAUAAA